UUUAUUUAAAAAUUCGCAGUGGGUGUGCGUGUUACCGGACUGCUUCGUUUCCUAUUCUUUGUUCUAUUUUGUCUUUCCAGGGGUCUCCUCUCUCCCUCUCUUCUUCUUUUCUGUCUCUUACUCUUUGAAAGAAGCCAACAGCUACCAUAAUCUCAGCUCUAAUACAAAAGCCAGAUUCUCGAUUGCAUUAUAUAUAUGUUCUGGUCAACACCAUCGGUAUUUCUCUGAAGCUUCUUCUCCUCUUGUAAGAGAGCGGCAAUAGAUUAGAGGGGUUGGGUGUUGUCGGGUUUCGGUUUCUCGGUACCUCGUUUUUUAUGAAGGGAAAUUGACAAAAUAUCUCUCGGCUUUUCUUUUUAAGGGAAAGCAAAUUGGGAACUCUUAAAAGGCAAAAGAACAAACAAAAAGGAAAUUCCAUCCUCCAUUAAAGAUGGAUUCUGUCAAACUGUCUGCCAUGACUCCAAAAAAGAGUAAAUUUGCACGCGCAGUUGCAAAAGUUCUUCAUCUUCGAGCGGCAACUGGGGUUGCUCCGGUCGAUGGUGUGCAGAAAGUCAAGUCUCAAGAAAGGGUCAAAGAUGAUAAAUUUUGCACCAAGGAUACUGUUAACUGGGCUCAGUCUUUCAAGUUCAGUGAGGAUGAGGAACUCCAGAAGAGUCUGGCUACAGAAGCUCUUCUUGCAAAACUGUUUGCAAGUGUUUCAUCUAUCAAAGCAGCAUAUGCUCAGUUACAGUGUGCUCAAUCUCCAUACGACGUUGAUGGGAUUCAAGCAGCUGAUCAACUGGUAGUUUCUGAGUUGAAGAAUUUAUCUGAGUUGAAGCAAUGUUACAUUAAAAAACAGUUUGAUCCUUCUCCAGAUACUACUAUGGUACUGGCUGAAUUGCAGGAGCAGAAGAGUGUUUCAAAAACCUAUGAAAUUAUGGGGAAUAAAUUGGAGUCCCAGUUGCGGCUCAAAGACUCGGAGAUCAUGUAUCUUAGAGAGAAAUUGGAGGAAUCCAGUAGACAUAAUCAGUUACUUGAUAAGAGACUAAAUCGGAGUGGACAAUUAUCUGUGCUUGACAACCUUCACCAGUCACGUUUGAGCCCUAGUCAUUUCACUGCAGUUGUUCGGUUUACAGUCAAGUCAAUCCAAAGCUUUGUUAAGUUAAUGAUUGAUCAGAUGAAAGCUGCAGAUUGGGAUCUGGAUGCUGCAGCCAAUUCCAUUGUACCAGAUGUGGUUUACUGGAGAGCUGAUGACAAAUGCUUUGCGUUUGAAAGCUUUGUUUGCAGGGAAAUUUUUGAUGGUUUUCAUUUGCCAAACUUUUCCCUUCCAAGUGAGUCGUCUUUAUUAGAGAGGAAGAAUCAAAACCAACUCUUUUUCAAGAGAUUUACAGAACUAAGAUCUGUGAAAGCAAAAGAUUAUCUUGCCCAGAAGCCCAAAUCAACGUUUGCAAAAUUUUGCCGCUCUAAGUACUUGCAACUUGUUCAUCCCCAGAUGGAGACAUCAUUUUUUGGCAAUUUGAGCCAAAGAAGCCUAGUCAAUUCUGGUGGAUUCCCAGACACCACCUUCUUUACCUCUUUCUCUGAACUGGCAAAGCGUGUGUGGAUUCUACAUUGCCUAGCCUUUUCUUUUGAGCCAGAAGCUUCAAUCUUUCAAGUAAGCAAGGGUUGUCGAUUUUCUGAAGUUUACAUGGAAUGUGUAGCUGAGGAUGCACUGCUUUCAUCAGGUAAUGCACAAGAAGCUGACCCACCAGUUGCAUUCACCGUUUUUCCAGGGUUCAGAAUUGGUAAAACUAUAAUCCAGUGUCAGGUCUACCUCUCUCCUACCAAGAGUAAGGUAAAUGUAAAUCAUUGAUCUAUACUCUCACGCUGGACCCACAGUACGAACAGAAACUGAACGUAACUGGAGGGAAGAGGAGGCAGGCCAUUGUCAUGAUUUGCCAUCGAGUAGAGAUUAGUUUGAUGGCAAUGACUGGCCAGAUAGCUGAUUGUUUCAUGUGGGGGCUUGACAUUAUGCAGUGUAAGGUAAACCGUUAACAUCUCAUCGGCCGGUGACGAUGAACAUGGACCCACCAAAGAAUGAGCAGGAGGAGGAAGGCUUACUCAUCAUAAUAUAUAUAUAUAUAUAUUCCCCAUUUGCUUUUGCUUAAAAAUUAGAUGAUGACAGUGAAAAAUGGCCCUUUGCCUGGUUGAACGAUGAGUUAGUGUUGUGGGGACAUGGCAUGGUUGUGCAUUUUGUGUUUUUAUAUAUAAGGUUGGGGCAACCACAGAAUUUCUUUUCUUCAAUUAUGGGAAGACAUUCCACAGUUUUGUUAAUAUUAGGCUAAUGACAGAAGGAAUUUGUUUAAUAGUGUUGCCUCGUUUCCCCAUGUUUUGAUGUUUUUCAUUUUUUAUAUGUACAAAAAAUGAUAAAUAAUUGUAGUGGACAAUUUUAAAUUCGUAA